GACGAUUGUGACAAAAACUUUAGGACUCUCAUUGUUAUAAUUAUUAUUAUCCUAUAAGUAUUUCUUAGAUAUAUUUAAUAUUAUCUAAUAUGCAGGUACCUGAACGUCCAUUAUUCUUUAAUUAGUUUCUAUUAAUAAUGCCAUAAUAGUGAUUUUAAAAUCUAAUUAACUGGAAAGGUGGCAAUUUAAAAACAGUACUUAAGUCAAUCAAAUUGUAGGGAUAAUCUUAAUCCCUUCGGAAAAGUAUAAAACCCAGAAUAUAAAAUCAAAUUGUACAUACUAUAUUGUGAAAUUGAAUCUCCAAUAUCUGGCAGAAUACUUACUGUAAUUUUUACAAUACAAUGACAACAAAAGAUUUGUGGCGCCCAUGGCUGAGUGAUAAUGAAGAAGGUCUAAUGGAUCAAGAAAAUGUCAAUAAUCCCGAAUUAAGAAAAUCGGAAAAUAUAGGUGAUGAAGAAUUAAACUGUGGUAGAAAAAGGAUACACUUGAACCAGAAUGUCAAAAUAAUGAUAAAGAACCUAUUUAAUUGUAACCUGAAGCAAAUGAGUAAAGCAUCGGCGAUAAUAGAAACUGCUAGAAUAUCAAAAAUCUCACGAGCAACGGUUUAUGUUUAUAGGAUAGUUAAGUACGGACCGUACGCGAGAAAGGAAAGAAGUGAUAAAGAAAGCUUCCGAUCAAUAGACAAAUCACUUAAAGAUAAAAUAAGGUACGUUAUUGCGGAUCUUACAAUAAACGAAAUACCUACAAUCAGUAACUUAACUAGCGAAUUACAAAAAAGAAAUAUUAUACCGAAUUGUUCUAAAACGACAUUGUGGCGUUUCCUACAAGCAAAUAAUCUACAAGGAUCCAUUAAUAACGAUGAAGAAAUACUAAUAGUAGAUUAACUAAAUUU